CAGCCUGGCUGUCACCUUCCUUGUCUCGUCAUCUCCUUUCAUUGCUUCUCAAAAACCAAAUUCCAUUUUCCAUUUACUUGAUUUCAAUUUUCAAAUUUCCUCACACUUUUUAUGCUACAUUUACGUUUCUAUUGAAUUUCAAAUGGCGUCUUCGAGCUCCCUCGGGAGCUCAAUUCCCGCUCCAGAGGCCGUUCAAGUUCUCGUUUCUUCGUUAGCGGAUGAAUCGCCGAUCGUUAGAGAAGCAUCCAUGGCUUCGCUUAAAGACAUUUCUCCACUGAAUCCUCUCCUCGUCCUCGACUGUUGUUCCGCUAUUUCUCGAGGUGGCCGUCGGAGAUUUGGUAAUAUGGCUGGAGUUUUUCAAGUAAUGGCAUUUGGAGUUCGUGCUUUAGAUAAAAAUGACAUUGAUGCUUCUUAUAUUGCCAAGCUUGCUAAAAUUGUCACUGCUGAGAUCAUCUCUUCCAAGGAACUCAAUUCAGACUGGCAAAGGGCAGCAGCAAGUCUACUUGUUUCUAUUGGCUCACAUCUGCCUGACCUUAUGAUGGAAGAAAUAUUUCUUCAUUUGUCAGGACCAAGCUCAGGUUUGCCAGCUAUGGUUCAAAUACUUGCUGAUUUCGCUUCUGCUGAUGCUUUGCAGUUCACUCCACGUUUGAAAGGUGUCCUUUCGCGAGUUCUACCUAUUAUCGGAAAUGGAAGAGAUGCCCACAGGCCAAUAUUUGCAAAUGCUUUCAAGUGCUGGUGUCAAGCUGUAUGGCAAUAUAACAUUGAUUUCCCUUCAGAAUCCCCCAUUGAUGGUGAUGUCAUGUCAUUUCUAAAUUCUGCUUUUGAACUUUUAUUGAGAGUUUGGGCUGCUUCACGGGAUCUUAAGGUUCGGGUAUCUUCUGUGGAAGCAUUAGGUCAGAUGGUUGGCCUUAUCACCCGUUCACAUUUAAAGGCAGCUUUACCAAGACUUGUCCCUACUAUAUUGGAGUUGUAUAGAAAGGAUCAAGAUAUUGAACUUAUUGCAACCUAUAGUCUUUAUAAUCUCCUGAAUGCUUCCUUACUUCCAGAAACAGGCCCUCCUUUGCUAGAUUUUGAGGAGCUCUCAGUUAUAUUAUCCACUCUCCUCCCUGUCAUUUGCAUGAAUAGUGACAGCAAAGAGUGUUCAAAAUUUUCUGUGGCUCUGAAGACAUACAAUGAAGUACAGCGUUGCUUUUUGUCAGUUGGCUCCGUAUACCCUGAGGAUUUAUUUUCUUUUCUUCUGAAUAAAUGUAGAUUAAAGGAGGAGCCUUUAACUUUUGGCGCCCUCUGUGUUUUGAAGCAUCUUUUGCCCAGGUCAUCUGAAGCUUGGCACAAUAAAAGGCAUUUGCUAGUGGAUACUGUAAAGUUGUUGCUAGAUGAGCAAAAUUUAGAUAUCCGAAAGGCUCUCUCUGAGUUGAUUGUGGUGAUGGCUUCACAUUGUUACCUGGUUGGGCCGUCAGAGUUGUUUAUCGAGUAUCUUGUAUGCCAUUGUGCUUUACCAGAACACGGAAAAAUUGAUCUUGAAAGCUCCCAGGCAAGCUUUGGUCCAGCUAUAUUAACUAUAAUAAAACCAUUUGGAUGUUUCACUUUAAAAAUCUGAAAAUUCAGUGUGAAGACAAGAUCAACUUGUCCAAAAGAAUUAAGAGCAAUAUGUGAAAAAGGUCUUCUUCUUGUAACUAUCACAAUUCCUGAAAUGGAGCACAUUCUUUGGCCAUUCCUGUUGAAGAUGAUCAUUCCUCGGGCUUACACUGGUGCAGUUGCCAUAGUAUGCAGAUGCAUUGCAGAAUUAUGCAGACAUAGAUCUUCUUAUAACCAUAAUAUAGUUGGUGAUUAUAAAGCUCGUGAUGAUAUUCCAAGUCCAGAGGAGCUGUUUGCACGCUUGGUUGUUCUUUUGCACAACCCUUUGGCAAGGGAGCAGCGUGCAACUCAUAUUUUAAAAGUCCUCUCUUAUUUGGCACCUCUCUUUCCGAGGAGCAUCAACUUGUUUUGGCAAGAUGAGAUUCAAAAAAUGAAGGCGUAUAUUAGUGACCCAGAAGAUCUUAAGCUGGAUCCUUCCUAUCAAGAGACCUGGGAUGAAAUGAUAAUCAAUUUUCUGGCAGAAUCUUUGGAUGUGAUUCACGACAAUGAUUGGAUGCUUUCUCUGGGAAAUGCUUUUACCAAGCAAUAUGCACUUUAUACGCCUGAUGAUGAACAUUCAGCAGUCCUUCAUCGGUAUUGGUUUGAAUUUUGCUUUAUUGAAUUCACAGAAGAAACUACUAUGGCCCUUUUCUGUAGGUGGGGUGGGAUGAUGUUAAAAAUCUGGCAAAAGGGAAAAGAUUAUUAUAAUAUUUUUAUCUGUUAGGAUGAAGUAGUAAAGGAAGACUGGAGGGAAGGAGAAGAGGGGGAAUGGAUGAAAAGUUGAAGAGGGCAAAGGAGAGGGACUGUUCUAUGGUCUUUGGGAUUGCUUAAAAUGAAGAAAGAAAAGGAAGGGAUAAUUAUAAACCUUUUUUGUUUGAGGAAUGAAAUCGUUGAAUUAUCGUAUUUUGCUCUGCAUUUAAGAAAAAGAAUACAUGAUUUCUUUUAUUUCAUUCCAUAUGGAAGUCAUACAUUAAUUCCUUUUCAUUUUUUGUAACUGACUUUUUUUUAAUGUGUGUGCUUAAGAAUGGAGGCUAUCAUAACAUCUUAGCCUAUAGUUAUGCAUUCUGAGUUAUAAUUUUUGUUAUUCUGGUAGCUGCUGGAAAAUCUUGUGUUACUGGCAGGAAUUUAUCUGUUAUAUCAGUCUUACAGACAUAUAUAUGAGAUAUGGACAUUAAAUGUCAGAUGCUAUUUAAAAAGUUUUUCAAAUUUCUUCUAGAGGAUUGAUGCA